GAAGCGCGGAGCGAGCGCCGGAGCUCCUGUGCUGCCGCGGGUUUCCUUCCCUGGAGGCUCUCAGCUGAUCCCUGCAGGAAUGGCCCCGGGACUGAGUGCUUCUCCACCAGCUGUGCUUCUGCUCCUGUCCCUGCUGGGUCUGGCUGCUGCUGGGAAGCUCCUGGUGGUGCCGGUGGAUGGGAGCCACUGGCUCAGCAUGCAGGAAUUGCUGGACAUGCUCCAGCAGAAGGGACACGAGGUGGUCGUGGUGGCACCUGAAGUCUCCCUGCACAUCAAACCAUCAAAGAACUUUGUGAUGAAAAUGUACCCAGUCCCCUUCACUCAGGAAGAGCUGGACAAAGUUUACAAAGGGUCGAUAAUGGAUUUAUUUAAAGGAGGACCUUUUCUGGAAAGAGUCAUUAGACAGUAUCAACAGGCAAAGAAGGCCUCUGUUCUGUUCCUGGCCACCUGCUCCCACUUAAUCCACAACAAGGAGCUCAUCAGGUACCUUGAGGAGAGCAAGUUUGAUGCCAUCCUUACAGACCCUAUCCUCCCCUGUGGGGCAAUACUGGCCGAGUAUCUUUCCCUGCCUUCCGUGUAUUUCCUGCAGCAAAUUCCGUGUGGUUUGGAAUAUCAAGCCACCCAGUGCCCCAAUCCCCCUUCCUAUGUCCCAAGAGUAUUUACAGACCUUACAGACCGCAUGACCUUUCUCCAGCGGGUGAAGAACAUGCUCUAUGACAUCCCCAAUUUCUUCCUCUGCGACGUUGUCUUCCAACCUUAUGCAGAACUGGCUUCGCAGUUCCUGCAGCGGGAGGUGACCGUGCCGGAUCUCCUGCGCCCGGCUUCCAUUUGGCUCAUGAAGCUGGACUUUGUCUUGCACUUCCCAAAGCCCUUGAUGCCCAACAUGGUUCUGAUUAGUGGAGUAAAUUGUGCUUACAAGAAGCUAAGUCAGGUGGGUCGCGCUCUGUUUUCUCUUCUUGUUCUUGCAGGCUUUGGAAAUCUCAGGGAAGCUGAAACACAGCUUUCAUUAGAAAGGAGGAUUUCAAACUGCUCAUGCUUUGCAGGGAGGUGCUUGUUCUGGUAUCUGGGAACAAUUAUCAGAGUAGAAAGUUGGAGAAAGUACUGUAUAUGGAGUUAUCUCUAG